UAUAUACGUUAUUAAUAAGCUAGAUUCACAUCAAAUUCCCUCUUCUCAUAUGAUACCUCCCAAACUCUUGGGUCUUUGAAAAGCCAACUUUGUUUCAUCUUUACAAAGUCAUGGUAGACAACACAACCAUAGUCCCAAUAGCAUACAUUAACAACUCAACCUCGGUACCACCAUGGCUGAACAAAGGCGACAACGCAUGGCAAAUGAUCGCGGCCACCCUAGUCGGUCUCCAAAGCGUACCGGGCCUAGUAAUCCUCUACGGAAGCAUAGUAAAAAAGAAAUGGGCAGUCAACUCCGCCUUCAUGGCACUCUACGCCUUUGCAGCCGUAAUAAUAUGUUGGGUCACAUGGGCAUACAAGAUGUCCUUUGGUAAACAACUUCUUCCAUUUUGGGGUACAGCCGGUCCUGCUCUAGGGCAGGACUUCCUCCUAAGCCAAUCCGAAAUACCGGAAUCAGUCCAUCGGAAUCAUAAGCUCCUCAAGCAGAUGUAUCCGAUGGCGGCCAUGGUGUGGUACCAAGGGAUGUUUGCAGCUAUCACUAUGAUAUUGCUAGCAGGGUCAUUAUUGGGUCGGAUGAAUAUAAGGGCGUGGAUGAUGUUUGUGCCGCUUUGGUUGACGUUUUCGUAUACGGUGGGUGCGUUCAGCUUGUGGGGUGGAGGGUUCUUGUUUCGUUGGGGUGUAUUGGAUUACUCCGGUGGUUAUGUUAUCCAUGUUUCUUCUGGUAUUGCUGGCUUGACUGCUGCUUAUUGGGUGGGUCCAAGAUUGAAGAAAGAUAGAGAAAGGUUUCCUCCAAACAACGUAUUAUUGAUGUUGGCAGGUGCAGGAUUACUAUGGUUAGGAUGGUCAGGUUUUAAUGGUGGAGGCACAUUUAGUGCUAACAUUGAAUCUUCCUUGGCUAUCAUUAACACCAAUGUUUGUGCUGCCACUAGCUUGCUCAUGUGGACGUUACUUGAUGUCCUCUAUUUCAAAAAACCUUCCGUUAUCGGAGCUGUUCAAGGCAUGAUGACUGGCCUCGUCUGCAUUACUCCUGGUGCUGGUCUUGUCCAAGGAUGGUCAGCAAUUGUGAUGGGCAUAUUAUCAGGAAGCAUACCAUGGUUCACAAUGAUGAUUGUCCACAAAAAAUGGAAACCAAUGCAAGCCAUCGACGACACACUAGGAGUUUUCCACACACACGCGGUGGCUGGACUCCUAGGAGGUGUACUCACCGGCAUCUUUGCCAACCCUAGACUAACAAGGGUGUUCUUAGGUGAGGAAGGCGUCUCCAAAGACAAACGAGGCGCAAUCUAUGGUGGUGGAGGAGGAGGAACCCAAGUACUUAUGCAAAUAGUAGGAGGGUUAUUUGUCAUAGGGUGGAACCUUGUGUCAACUUCUAUAAUUUGUGUGUUAAUUAGAUUGGUAAUUCCACUAAGAAUGUCCGAAGAAGAGUUGUUGAUAGGAGAUGAUGCCGCGCAUGGUGAAGAGGCGUAUGCAUUGUGGGGUGAUGGGGAGAAGUAUGACUCUACGGUGCAUGCUCGUCAACUUGAUGAUUAUGUGCCUAACACUAGGUCUAUUGGUGCUACUCAAGUUGUAUAAUAUAAGCUAAGCUACUAUAAUAUUAGACGGACCAGGGAGUGGCCUGCAGCCCAGGCCACGACCCGCCCCAUGAUUCAAAAAUUGUAUAAUACAAUUAAGUUGCAACAAUAUUUGUUAGAGACAAUUUGGCUGAGUUGGUUGCAUCAUUGUCUAUGUCUUGUUUGGGACUUGAUGAGACCAAAAUCUAAAUUUUAGAUUUGAGUUGGAGUGUAACAUAACUGAGCUUGGGUAACAUGUUAGAUUUCAAAUGUGCGAUGUGUGCUUCAAUUCAAAUUUGAUGAUAACCCUAAUUUAUUC